AUGACCUCUAAGAAAAUAUUUAACAGGAUAGAAGAUGGAAAAUAUUCGGAUUUUGACGAUUUGGAAAAGGAUUUUACUCAAAUGUGUAAAAAUGUUCAAAUAUACAACGAAGAACCUUCUCUCAUACACGAAGAUUCAAUCGUCCUUCAAUCCGUGUUUACGAACGCGAGACAAAGAUUGGAACAGGAUGCGGAAACGGAUGAGGAUAAAGGUGAUGAUGAGAGAAUCCCGUCGUUCGGAUUUUAUUAUUUGUCGAAUUUUAUUUAUUUUGAUUUUUUAAAUUUUCAGACGGUGGACGACGAGGAUGGAAAUUCCGAAUCGGAAUCCGUUAGAAUGAAAAUAAAAAUAAAAAGUGGAAAAGGUGGAAGAGGAAGCACGAGAAGGAGGAAAACUCAACCAAAGAUAGAAGAUGGAAAAUAUUCGGAUUUUGACAAUUUGGAAAAGGAUUUUACUCAAAUGUGUAAAAAUCCUCAAAUAUUCAACGAAGAACCUUCUCUCGUACACGAAGAUUCGAUCGUACUUCAAUCCGUGUUUACGAACGCGAGACAAAGAUUGGAACAGGAUGCGGAAACGGAUGAGGAUAAAGGUGAUGAUGAGAGAAUCCCGUCGUUCGGAUUUUAUUAUUUGUCGAAUUUUAUUUAUUUUGAUUUUUUAAAUUUUCAGACGGUGGACGACGAGGAUGGAAAUUCCGAAUCGGAAUCCGUUAGAAUGAAAAUAAAAAUAAAAAGUGGAAAAGGAGGAAGAGGAAGCACGAGAAGGAGGAAAACUCAACCAAAGUACACGAAUAGCGAUGACGAAGACGAAGAUGAUUGA